AAAAAAGUGACGUCGUGCACGCUCUCAGCCAAUAGCGAGUCGAGAACGAGGCACGCGGACAGAAUCCGAAGUUGAUUCUGUUUAUGUAUUGUUUAGUUAAAUACGGCGAAGACAGCGUCUAAUGGAGGCUGUGCUGAGACAGCUGACCAACGUCCUGGAGUUACUGGCCGUGUCUCAGACAGACCUCGUGAGGGAAUGGGACCGUCACACCGCGCUCCGGGCGUUUCAGUGGGCUGAGUACUGCGAGCAGCUGCACUCCCGCUUCCAGUGCAACCCUGCGGUCCGCUCCGCGCUGGAGGCCGGUCUGAGCGACACCAACCAGCGCCUGCAGCAAGCUCUGCCGGCGUGCUCUCCAGUCAUGUUCUCUGAACUGGCCCAGUGUCAGCACAUGCUGCUCAUUCAUCUACUCAGAAACCCUUCCGCGCCGAACUCCGUUAUCCGAAUGCUUUUUGCUGCACAGGAAUCCCCGUUUGAUCAGAACAGCCUCAUUAGGUGUAAAGCAGCUUUUAAUCUGUUGUGCCGCACGCCGGACAGGGCUACUUCUGCUGGGUUACAGGCUGAAGCAGUGGUCAGAGGCACCCUGCUGGGGCAGCUCUUGAGCUCUGUACUGAGUCGCUCUGGUAAUGAUGCGCACGCGAGAGCACUGCUGGAUUCCGUCCUUCACGACAGCGCGGGAAAACCGGACAGCCUUCAUGAAGUCAUGGCAGCUGCGCUGCUUUCCCCCGGUGACGGCACGAGCUCGGCCGCUCAGCGCUGUGUGCUGGCCUGGCUGCAGGAGCACGAGGGCUGUUUGAGGAAACUCUGCACAUCUCUCUCCCCCGGGCUUUGCACCGGCAUCUCCCGACAGUCUAGCGAGUUUAAACGGGCGUAUUGGGGUGUUUUGAAACAGUGGGCGUCCUGCUUGGAGUUUGACGUCUUGGAGAGUCUGUGGGUGCCGACAUCAGAUGAGCCGGUCACCUUCAUAAUACUGACUGAUCGAUUCAAAGAUUUAUUAAAUUCAGGGCCACCAUUAAAAGAGGAGACAGAAACUGAACUCAAAACACUCAAACGGGAAGCUGGAGACUUUAAUGUGAAAGGCGUUUGUAUAUGGAGUGAUGUAAUCAUUCAUCUAAAGCUGUAAAUACAUCAGAAUGAAAGUUAAUGCGAGGCUAUUAUUUCAUUUGAUGUUAAUUUAACUAAUGAAAAUAUGCUGUGUUUGAGGAUAGAAGUGUGUGCAUUUUUUCCACACGUUUUAUAAUUAUAAAAUGUAUACUUUUGUUCGUUUUGUCGAUUUUAUGUUUUGUAGUAAUUUUAUUGUUGUUUUUAUGAUAAGAGCCAUUAUAAUAUCAAUUUUAUUUCUCCGUAUAUUUUGCUGUUUUUCAUAGUUGUAAUUUCUGAACAUGAUUUUGUUCCUCAGAAUUAAGAAAAACAACCCUCUGCUUCAGUCUCCCGGCAGACAGGGGGCGACAGUGCUCUUUACACCAUCAGCCGUGUGCAUUAUUUGAGGGCUGGGCUACUUGUGGUAUUUUCUUUACAGCUGAAUAAUUAAUAAAGUUCUUAAACAGCGUUACUGCUAUCAU